AUAUCAACAAAAUGAGUCUUGAAUAUUUGACUUUUAAUUGCAAUGAUCUUCAAGAGAGUUUCAGUUAUUUAAUAUCGUCAAAUAAUCGUGAAGUAAAAUUAGUUUUGAAAUUUAAAAUAAUAAUUUCAAACUUUUAUGAGAAAAUAACGCAAAGAAAUUUGAAGAAAUUAAACAAGUGGUUCAGAAAAAAUUCAGUUAUAAUUCUGUAUGAGGAUGCAAAUGAAAAAAAAUUUGGAAUUCUAUGGAAGUCGAGCAAAAUUAAACAAUUAUUAUUUCUACAAUCCGAUAAAGAGUUUUUGACAAAAGAUGAUAAGCAUUUAAUUGAAUUUAUUGCUGUAUUUUUCGAGACUUGUUUACAUUCGGGAUAUCUAGGUAUCCAAAAGAACCAAAGCAGCAUUCGAAAACAAUUUGAAAUUACACUUGACUUGAUAGCUGAUUCUCGAAAUUAUAACUUGUUGUUUUUGGCUUGUGAAUCUGGAAACCUUCCUGUUGUUGAGACAUUAUUGAAAUAUGGCAUAAGUUCUGAUUCAUUAGAGACAAAUCUUCAAGAUUUAGCAUGGCAAGGACAACACUCAGAUGUUAUUUUAAAGCUGUUAAGUAAAAACUUGCCAUAUCCUAAGUCUAUUGACGUCAAUGAAUGUUCUGAAAAUUUGAAAAAAUUCAUAAACAUUUCUAUUGAAUUUCAUGAAUCGAUAAAAUGUAAAAAUCGGCAACGAUUAGAUGAAAUUUUGAGUCUCUAUCCAAAACUUUAUUACUUUUAUAGCUUGUCAAAUGAAUCUGCUUUAAAGAUUGCAUUAGAUUCAAGAGAUAUGAAAAUUUAUGAAUUUUUAAUAGCUCGUAAUUUGAAAUUCGCAGAUCAUGAAAAUACAGACACGAUUUUUGAAUCAUUAAACCUUACAUACAAAGAAGAUUUAAAUGCAAUUCACGUGAAAUAUUUAAAAGAUUUGCCUGAGAAGCAUAUUAAUAUUUUAUUGGCCAACACCUCUCUCAGCCAUGAUGAAAAUGACGAGGAAGGAAAAAUGAAGCGUGUUCAAAAUGCUUUUCGAGUUCUUAAUAAAGAACCUAAAAUUAAAAUCAUUCUUCAAAUUAUAGCAGCAUCAAAAAAAUUCCACAUUGUUUUUGACUUUUACCGUGACUCAACUUACAGGAUUGACCCAACAACCAGUGCUCAUACAACUGGGAUAUUUUAUUUUACUGGAAGAAUUUUGAUUGGUGCGAAACAACUUCUGCAACCGGAAACAGAAUAUGAAGCUUUUGGAACGUUGGCACAUGAGCUAUGUCACUGUGCAAUGAACAUUUUAUAUGAAAAUAAAUCAAAUCCGUAUCCACCAAAAGAUAGAAAAGCUAUUGAAAACUUUGAGAAUAUAUCACAAAUUUGUAAGGAUAAAAAAGAUGCCGAAAAAAUUAUCAAAUUUGUUUUUGAGAACUACCCGAAAAACCAACAGCAUUCAGAAUUGAUUGUUCGACCAGUACACAUGAUGGCUCAUUAUAUGAGUGAACCAGAAGUUUUAGAACAAAAACGAAGGAUUUUUAUAGAAAUUUUUAAUCACUUUGAAAAUGUCAUCAUUCCUGCUAUGGAGGCUAUUUUACCAGAAAUAGAGGAAAGAUUAACAUAUAAACCAACUUUUGUAUAUAAUAAGCUCUCAGAUUUAAAUCAAAAGAAGGUCCAAAAUGCAAUUGUAAAGUAUAAAAAUGUGAAACUUAAAUUUUGUGAAUUAUUUUCUUGUGAUUCAGUUCCUUAUGAAAAAUUGACUCCUGAACAUAUUGCUCAAUUUUUAGAUAAUAAAGUGCUAAAUCUAAAUGAUCCACAUAUGCACUAUUUAGACAAAUUAGUAACUUUCGAAUGGAGAAAUUUAACAGAAAAAUUAAAACAAAAGUUUCUAAGUUCAAAUUUAAAUUUUCAAAAUGUAAAAGUUAAGUUUAAAAAUUUGGAAAAUUCUUGUUCAAAGGCAUUCAAUUUCUUAACAUCAGAACAAAUUAUCAAAAUUAUUAGCGGGAAUACAAUCGAUAUAGAUGAAAAAUUCGUACCUGAAUCAGAAUUUUAUGUCGAUCGUAAAUUCAUGCCUGAAGAUGGACGACAAAUCUUCUUUGAUUAUGAAUAUGGACAUGAGUACAAUCAUAAUAAAUAUAUUGAAGAAGAACACAAAAAAACUAGACAAAUUUUUUUAAAUAAAUCUUUUGAGGAAUUCACACAUGACUUUCUUAGUCAAAAUUUGGACACAAGGACAAAAAUAAUCGAUAAAAUUAAACAAAACUAUUUAUAUAAAAUCAGAUAUUAUGACUUAAGUGGAGAUUAUAUUAAAUGCUUGCAUCGAAACAUGUGCGAUAUUAUCCAGCAAACUGAAACUGAGAAAAUUUUUAUUUUAUCAUCAGAAGCUGGAGCUGGAAAAACUGUAAGUUUUGAACAUCUUACAAUUCAGACAAAAAGUCAAUAUCCAACUCGUUGGGUCUCAUUCAUUGACCUUAAAGAUCACACCAAAUUUUACAUUCCAUCGUUACGCAAUUUUGGACAUUUUUUCAAAAAAAUAGAAAAUAUAGAAAAUUUGUUAAGAAGCAUUUUGGGGUUAAGUGACAAAAAGUCUACACUUUCGAACAAUGACUUUGAGACAAACAUUUUCUCAGAGUCUUUCGAAUCAGGCAACAUGAUUAUCCUUUGGAAUGGCUUUGAUGAAAUUUCGCCAACUUAUAAUGAAUUUAUUUUGACACUCAUAAAAUUCAUCUAUGAAAAUACAAAAAUAAUCCAAUAUGUCUGUACCAGACCUUUAUAUUGCAAACAAUUAUCAGACGCGUUUAAGCUUCGACCAUGGCAAUUAGUACCUUUCAAUGAGGAUGAAAAAGUAAAUUUUCUGAAUAAGUUUUUCAUUUCAAAAAAAGUAGAAGAACAAUUAAUUGCAAAAUUUGUUUCAAAUGUUCUGAAAAUUGUAAAGAAAUUUGAGUUUCAACAUAAAGUUUUUCGGGACUUUAAUACACCAUUAAUUUUAAAAUUAGUCGCAGAAAUUUAUGAAGAUGAAAAACUUUUUGAAUCAGCAAAUUUGUAUGGAAUCUUUGAGACAUUUGUUAGGAAAAAAGUACGAAUCUGGAUUGAAAAAAGUGAAUUUGCAAGAAAAACAAGUGAAAAUUUGAUCAUAAAAAGCUCAAAAUUUAGUAUCAUUGAAAUAUUUCAAAAAUUUGCAUUUUUUAGAGAAUUUAGAAUUUUAUCAGGUACGACACUUGGUUUGAAGCUUAAAAAACUUCAAUUUAUGCAGAAAAAAAUUCCAAAAGAUCUUCCAUUUGAGGAAAUAUCGCGAAUAGGAAUUUUAUACAUUGACGGUGAAAAUAAAUUUGAAUUUUCGCACAGAACUUUCGGCGAAUUUUUUAUAGCUCAAUAUUUUAUUGAAAACAUUUAUUUAGCAGAUGAUGAUGUGAAUAUUGAUGAAGCUGAGUUAAGACUUGAAAUUUUUUUUAGAAUGUCAAAUGAAUAUGGAUUUUUAAAAAUCAUAAUUGACUUUAUGGAUUACUAUUUAAAAAUUGGAAAUGAAGAUGACAAUAAGAUUUUAAGUGAGACAUUUUCUGAGCUAUUAAGAACCAAAUUUAAGAGAGUUAUGAUGAAUUUACUUAAUACAAACCAUCCUGAAAUAUUUAGAUUCCUUUUCGAAUUUUUUAAACGUGAUCAUGACCUUUUAGUGGAAUUGCUUCAUGUCUAUCAAAAAGAAACAUUUUACACAGCAAUUUUUAAUCCGAACAAUUUUGCAGUUGUAUUAAAUCCUCAAGAAGUUAAAUCUUUAGCUCAAAAAUACUUGUCACAAAAUGAACUUGAAUAUUUUCUAACUGGAAAGAAUCAGAAAGGGACAAUUUUAACCGGAAUACACUUUUAUGAAUCUUUAGGAAUAAUCAAAACAAAUUACGAGUUUAGCUUAAAUUCGUUCGGCAAUAAAGUUCAUAUUUUUGAUUUAAUUAAGGAAAUUAAAGGUAAAUUAACUUUAGAAGAACAGAAAGAAUUGUUUCUUACAUUUAUGAGUCCAAAAAUUUAUUUGUACUUUAAUGAAAAAGUUUUUAAAUUUUCUGAUGAUAUUGUAGAGUUAAAUGAUAAUGACAAGUUAUCUUUGGGUUGUCCAGCUGAUUUUGCAUCAAGCACAAGCGCAGGUUUAGUUCAAAAUCUAAAAUCAUUUUUCAAUCAUUCAAAAGUUCUUCCUUCUAAAUCUGUAAAAUAUGCUUUUGAAACAUCAAAUUCCACAAAAUCUUCAAAAUUCAAGAACGACUUAAAAAUUGAUGAACAUGUUAGCUCUUACAAUAUGAGAACUGCUAAAAGCUCAAAUAUGCCUAGUAACUCUGAUCAUGUUGUUAAAAAAUCAAUAUUUUUCGAACCGACUCUAAAAACUUCAACAAAUUCAAAUUCACAUAAUAAAAUCCACGAAUCAAUUUCAAUUAAUUCAGACAAUUUAAAAUUUAAAUUCUUUUGGGAAACAUUUGAAAAUCUUUUCACUUCUGAAGAAAUUAAAAUUGCAAUUGGAAAUUCAAUUAUGGACUAUCUAGAAAUUUAUGGGUGCAAAAAAUCUGCAGGAAAUUUUUUUCUUUCCUUUUUGCUAAAUAAAUGUGAACAAUUUCUCACAGAUUCACAAAUAUUUGAAAUAUUUUUGUCACGAAAUAUAAUGCAUGAAGCUGGUCGAGGCAACUUUGAAGUUAUGUGGAAUUUUCUUUGCAAACACACAACUAAAGAUGAAAGAAAGGAAAUUUUGCUUCAAGAUAAUGAAAAUGAUGACAAAAAUUUCUACUUUUAUUACUAUGCAGAAAUGGAAAUAAAGAAAAAUUUCUCAAAUUAUCCAUAUUAUUAUUACCAUUAUGACUUUACACCUUUCAAAGUCUUUCAUCGAAUCAUGACAGUUCCUGAUGCAGCUUCAUUUGACUUUAUUAAAAAUAUUUAUCUUGAACACUUUAGAAAAACUGAAAUUCAGAAAAUUAUUUUAAGUUCAAAUGAUUUUUUAUAUUACUUAAUAGGCAGAGUUAUUGAAGGACCAUGUAGAAAAUUUGUAGCGUUUUUAGAAGAAAUUUUUGAUGGAAACAAAAAACUUCUUAAAGAAUAUCUUGAUCGUAAAAUUAAACCAACAAAUUUGACAAUUUUUCAAUAUUUUAAUGACUUUAAAGGAACAAAUGAAACUCUUUACUUUGAAAACUUAAAAAUAUUUAUAGAUUUGUAUGAGAAAAUAUCAAAAUAAAAGUGUUUACAAUUACGAAAAAAUA